CCAUGACGCGGACGGCCGGUGGCCGCGAGCCACGAAUACGACGACCACGAAUUGAACGAAUGGAUGAUGAUUCCUCGUUUAUUAAUCGCUCCUCGAUCAUCGAUCGAAGGUCAAUCAUUAUCGCGUUACUGACUGGGUUAAAGGUGCGGUUAUUGCCGUGAUGCGGACGACGACGUCGACGACGAAACUUACAAGGCCAACUAAAUCGCUAAUUACUGACAGCUCGGGCGGGCCGAGCAGGAUACGGUUCACGGUUCUGUAAAUCUUGUGGUUCACGCAAUUCUCGAAAUUCUGUGAUAAUGUCGCGAUAAGCAGGCAGAGGCCACAAAACGCGCUCUCACUCAUAUAUAUGUCUCGUUGAGGGAACGAAAGCUCAUAGCGGCGGUGCGUGUCGCGAAAUUAACGACGGAACGAAAUAACAUUUAUCAGAGUGUUGAACAACGAACGAGUGAUCAGUGAAAAUAUUUUUUUGUGGUAUAUAAAACGAACCGCUGCUAUCGCGUCGUUUCUCGAUAAAAUGCUCGCGUCUUGUAACAGCGAUCAAAAACCGUUGGUGCAAUUUCAUAAUUGUAGAAUUUUGCAAAACGGAGAAAUCAUAAAUGAGUAUUUGUGGGUUCGCAAUGGAAAAAUUAUCGACCCGGAAAAAAUAUUUUUCGAUGAAAAAGUUGAGGCUGACUCGCGGAUCGACUGUCAGGGAGCGAUAAUCUCCCCGGGUUUCAUCGAUCUUCAAAUAAACGGUGGAUUCGGCAUAGACUUCUCGGAAAAUCGUGAAAAUAUUGAAGAAGGUGUGAACAGAGUGGCAAAAGGUCUGCUGGCUCACGGGGUGACUUCUUUCUGUCCUACGUUGGUGACAUCUCCCUUGGAAAUUUAUCGCAGAGUCCUUCCGAAGAUUAAAAAACAAAAAGGAGGGAAGGAGGGCGCGGCUGUUUUAGGUGUUCACGCGGAAGGCCCCUUCAUCAGUCGGAGCAAGAAGGGUGCUCACCAGGAGAACUCCAUUAGAACUCUGGACAAAGGGAUAGAUUCGGUUACGGAGGUGUACGGAAGCUUGGACAACAUACGUUACGUCACUCUUGCACCAGAAAUCCCAAAUUCUUGCUCGGUCAUUGAGGCUCUGCGUAGAAAAAACAUCAAGGUUUCCUUAGGACACUCCGUGGCUAAUUUAAAAGAGGGCGAACAGGCUGUCAAAUGCGGAGUUUCGUUCAUCACGCAUCUCUUCAACGCCAUGCUUCCGUUUCAUCACAGAGAUCCUGGCCUGGUCGGUCUAUUAACCUCGGAUGAAGUACCAAGCGAAACGAGAAUUCAUUACGGAAUUAUAGCCGAUGGUGUCCAUACACAUCCAGCCGCGUUACGAAUCGCUCACAGAACUCAUCCAGAUGGCCUCGUAUUGGUAACGGACGCGAUCGCGGCCCUGGGUCUCGAAGACGGAACGUACAGAUUGGGUCAAUCGGACAUAGAGGUGCAAAAGGGACGGGCCUACAUCGCCGGUACCGAUACCCUGUGCGGAAGCACCGCCGACAUGGCGACGUGCGUUCGUCAGUUCAAACGUGCCACAGGAUGCUCCGUGGUCGAAGCCCUCGAAGCCGCCACUCGUCAUCCUGCACGAGCUCUCGGUAUAGAUGAUCACAAAGGAGUUCUUGAUUUUGGCGCAGACGCCGAUCUCGUUAUGCUCGAUGACGAUUUGAACGUAUUAUCCACUUGGAUCGCCGGAGAACGCGUCUACUAGCGUUUGACAUUGGACAACGCGCUUCUAUAUUCAAACACAUUUUUCAAUAUCCAUACAUGUUUAUUAUUAUUAUUAUUAUUAUUAUUAUAUUGUUACGUUCUCAAAACGUGCAAAUAAAAUUCUCAUAUUUUGUUAACUA